UGAUUCCAUUGUUGAUUUUAUACACAUGUUUAGAUUCUGAGUCUGACAAAAAUAAUUCAUAUGUACUCAAAAAUCCUCUAUUUUUUGGGUUGUAGGAAAAUUAUAUAAUUUAUUUACUGAUUAAUUACUUAUUAUUUUUAAUUCGCACUCAUUCAAAAUGGAAACAAAUCUAUCAGAAGACAAACCAUCUGCGACAGUAUUGGUGCAAAAAAUUUGCUCUAUUUGCUCAAAACCGUGUGAUUCUAGUAUUUUUUCAGAAAAUGAAAAUAAUCAACUUUUGCAAUGUUUUAUCAACCUCGUUAAUUUAUCAUCUUCACAAAAAAUUGUUUGGAAAUUCGGCCCUCAUACGAAAGAGGUGUGGUCAUUAUGCGGGGAAGAUAACUGUGUGCAAUUUGCUACCCAACUUGUUAACCUGAUCCAACAGCUUUUUAACGUGAAAAAGGAAAUUCGCCACAGUUUAAAGAACCUUUUUGAAAAAUGGGGACCCAAUUGUGAUGGGGAUGUUGAAGAAUGGAGCCGUGAACUCUUGGGUGGUUUCUACAAUCUGGACGAAAAGAUGUUGCUCGAUUUAUCACUCAAUGUAGAAGAAUCGUUAGUGUCGUCGAAUCAAGAAAUGGCGAUAAUCUCAAACUUGAACCAAAAUCUGGAUAAUACUAUUCAAAUCGAUUACAGUAAUGUCUUUAAUUACGAGGGUCAGAAAUUGGACUCUUCUUCCAGUUCUGAAAAUAUAAUAAAAAGUACAGCGAAACGUGGCACAACAGGAAGAAGGAAAACAAGUGGCACUCAAAAGACUUUGCGGAGAAUAAACGAAAGAAAAUCGGUUCAAGCAUCAACCACUUCAGGUUUGAAAUCAUGUGAUAAAUGUGAAAAACAAUUCAAUUCUGCAACUUCAUUACGGACACACAAAAGGGCACAUGUUCGUGAGGGCAAGAGUGCUGACGGAACCUUUCACUGCACUCAUUGCUCUUCAAUCUUUCUCACUCUAUCAAAUUUGAAAGAACAUAAAAGCAAGGAACAUGAGCAACUCAGAGACUUUUGUCCAAUUUGUAAUAAAUUUAUGUCCAAGAAUUUCUUACAACAGCAUCUCCACUCCCACUACAUGAAUAAUUCCACUCCAGUUCCCGUGGUCGAUGUUUUUUGUGUCAUUUGCACCAAACCCUUUAGCUCUGCGUUACUUCUCGCCUCGCACAUGGAUGUGCACAAAGGCGACUACUCUUGCGAAGUGCCCAUCUGCAGAAAAAGCUUUUAUUCACGCACGGCAAAAGUUAAACAUGUUGAAUUUGUUCACGGUGAAGGAGAGGAACAACUUGAUUGCCAGUAUUGUUAUCAAAAUUUCAAUCCUGGAUCUGAAGACGAAUUUCAGCGUCAUAUAAAAAAUCAUGAGGAUCAAGUGAUUAAGAGAACUUAUUUGUGUGAGAAUUGUGGAUCUUAUUUUAGAAGUAAGAAGACCUUACAAACUCAUUUACGCCUUAAUCACCCUAAAAUCAAUAAUGAUUCUGAAGAGCAUAAAUGCCAGAUUUGUGAGAAAUCGUUCUUAACACCACAACGUCUAAAAGUACACACGCAAAUCCACAAAAAUUCAGCAUCUGCUUCCCCUUUCACCUGUCCAGAACCCGAAUGUGGAAAAGUAUUUAGUCAAAAAGUGUCCCUUGAUAGUCAUUUAAUGGUCCAUCACUCUGGGAAGAUGCGAUAUAAAUGUACACUUUGUGAUCACCCUGGGUUUACGUAUUCUCAAGGUUUGCGAAGUCACGUGUACAAGCAUCAUAACGAAAUGUAUACUUCCGGUGGCAAAAACCACGUGUGUCAUGUUUGUUACAAGAACUUUGUUACAGAGGACGAGCUUCUUCUUCAUGUAGGAAACCAUGAAAAGCUCAAAUGCCAGCUGUGUUCUAAGCAGUUUAAAUCAAUGAAUCAUCUAAAAGAACACACUUUGCGUCAUGCUGCAAUUCGGCCCUUCAAAUGUCCUCAAUGUCCUUCAAAAGGUUACGUCCGACAGGCGCAGUUGAACGAGCACAUGAAAAAAGUUCACCAAGAUUCAGAGCUUCAACAAAUCCAGCAUCAUAAUAAUCUCAUUAGUGUUCAACACUUAGCCGAGCGAAUUACAUAUGUUAUUCAAAUACCUUAGAUAAUUACUCAUGCUGUUUGUGUUGAAAUUAAAAAUAAGUUUGAGCGUAGUGUAUUUUCGAUAAACAAAUCAAGUUGCAUUUUAAUGAA